AGGGUGGAUCAUGGGGAGAAUAGGCAUGUGGAGCAGCUCUAUGGAAAUAGGCGCAAGCUGUUACCCACUUGCUGUUGUUGUUUGUGUGGGCUGACAAGAGACCGGCUCUGCUUUAAGCCCAUCACCUAAUCUUGUGGUGGAGCAUUAGUUACCGGGGCCAGGGGUUAACAUCUGCUUGGUGGGGUUCUAGGAGCCAUGAAGGGAGAGCAUUUAUUUGCAAACAUGAGAAGCACUCCAUUCCUCCAGCGGGUCUAUCUCCUAGGAGGGGAGGAGCUGGUAGUCCUGCAGUCCACCAUUGUAGAGUCCUCACUGGGAGACAGUUUCCAACAAAUAACUGACUUCAAUGAUCUCCCCACAUCCCUCUUUGCCUGCAACGUGGACCAGUCAGUAUUUGAGGACCAGGAGGGCAAGGAAAUGUUCGAGGCGCUCUUCUUUGCAUACGAUGAAGGUGUGAUGUUCCAGCAGUUUAAAAGCUUUCGACGUGUACGAAUCAACUUCAGUAAUCCCAAAGCGGCAGCAAGUGCCAGGAUAGAGCUGCACGAGACGCCUUUCAGAGGGAAAAAACUGAAACUCUACUUUGCCCAGGUGCAGAACCCAACAUCUGAUGGAGAAAAUUUGCACCUGGCCCCUCCCCAGCCUUCGAAACAGUUCCUCAUCUCCCCGCCUGGCUCACCUCCUGUUGGCUGGCAACAGAUUGAUGAAGCCAAACCAGUUAUUAACUACGACUUGCUGUAUGCAGUUGCCAAGCUUGGCCCAGGUGAUAAAUUUGAGCUUCAUGCUGGCACGGAGUCUACGCCUAGUGUGGUCGUCCACGUCUGUGACAGUGACACGGACGAGGAGGAGGAACCAAAUAACAACCCUAAACCAAAAAUUAUCCAGACCCGACGCCCAGACCUGCCUGUUUCGCACUGAACUCUACAGCUACAAUAGAGAGUAAGGAGGAUUUGUAACCUCCCCCAUCUCCAUCACAGGACCUCUGCCACCCUUCCUCUGAAACUUGCAAACACACAGCCGGGGUCUUGGGGACUCUGAUCCGUGUUUCUUUUUCAGCACACACAUAUACAAUCCUCAUUGUACUGUCACAAUUCUUUUUUAUGUUGGCAAUACUCUGUGUUAAAUCUGUCCACUCUCUGUUUCUCUCUCUCAAUCUGACUGUAAUGUCAACUGGUCACCAGUUAGAGGCAUUGUGUACCCAUCCUUGCUCUCACCCACGUCUCUGAUUGGCACCUAGGCCAUUGCACAUGCUAGUGUCAGAUGUGCCUAUUGGCUGAUAGCUGGCUUAUCUUUUACAUCACAACUAUGUACCAUUUGUACCAAGCAAGCCAUUAUAGUACGUUCUACAUAAGGGCAUGCUAGCCUCUAAAUGUGGCUAAACACCAGCGCUGCAUGUGGCACAGAAAACCAGAAUUUUUGUCCAAUAACCCUAGUAUGUUCUAUUGUUGACUCUUGCAAUGAGUGCAGUAAACCACAGGAAUCAUUCUCAUCAUGCUAGUGCAUGUUCUGGUAGCAAACUGCAUUUUGUUUUUAUUUCCUGCUGUGUAUAAUUGUCUGUAUUUCUUGUCAAGUGUUCUUGAGAAAAAAGUUUUUUUGUUUUUUUCAACAGUGAGCUGAAUUUUUUUUAUCAAAUACCCAUUCACCUUUCCAUAGAAACUAUGCGAGUUGUUUCUUCUAUGACUUCUCUUCAAUGUAAAUCGUUUUCUAAGUGUUUGGUCCAUAAUGUCCUUUUCAGAGGGAAACUGAUAAAUUACAAAUAACUUUUUCUUUGCAUAAACUCUCAUUGCAGAUGAUGUGUCAAUGAGCAAUCAAAUAUAAUUUAAUGAAGUCUGUGAUAUGCAUGGUUACUUGUUUCUAGAGUUUAAUGUAGUUGUCAGAGUACAUCCAUCCAUGGGUUUUCUUGCAGUCUUGUGAGACUUCAUUCACGAGCAAGUUCAUGUGAAAGAAAACCUGUAUGCAUGAAGCCAUUAUGUAAAGUUAUUAAGUUUGAGUAAGACAGAUCUUCCAAGUGCUAUUACACAGUGGGUGACAAAUAACAAAUGUAAGAAGGGUGGGUGAUGUCAACUUUUCUUAUUCAACCAAUAUCUUUUGGUGUGCCUACGUCAUUUACAGAUUUAUCUAACAUAAAUAUAUAGAUUUAUGUAUCCACGUGAAGGCAUGAAUCUUUGUCAGCUCUGCAAACCAUAGCGAUAGAUUUUAGGCACUAUACAACCCAUGCAGUCUGCAAACACACCACAAAAGCACCAAGCUUAGAAAACUGUUAAUUACAGUAUAAAGGUUGUAUGUUUAAUGAUUUUAAACUUCUUCAAGACUAUAAAUGACUCCUAAAUCCCAGACAAAUACAUCAACACUGUGACGUGUGAUUACUGUGAAACUUGACUGACCUACGUUUAAGUAUUAUGUACAUGAGUAUGUUGGUUUUGUAACUUUAAGGAGGUUAUCAGGCUUGAGUGUCUGUUGUUCAGUGUUCAUAAUGUGUUAAGGGUAGCCACAAUCAAUGUCAACUUUCCUAACCUGUUAAUUAUGUUUCCCCAAAUCCCUGUUGUAAUGGAUUGUUCUUUCAGUCAAAACACUGAUGGGUUGCCAGUUAUUUGAAACGUCCCAUCCCGCAGUGUUCACACUUUGCAGUUUUACUGAAGCAGUUCUGGAAACAGGGUACUUAAUGUACUAUUAUGACAUCACAGUAAACAUUGUGACACACAGCUCUUUCAUUGUGCUUAUGCAAUCUCAAGCCUUAUUUGAUUUAGUGCUCACAAUUGAAGAGACAUUCAGGUUAGCAAUGCACACUCUAGUGUUAGAGGAACCUGAAACCAACAGAUAUACAUUGUACCAGAACAUGUAUAUAUGAUAAAUGUUUAAAAGAAAGGGAUGAGAGUAAUUUAAAACAACUGAUACCUACCGUCCACUGCCUUGAAUUUCCCCCCUCCAAUUAGUUUUGCCUGCUUGGCCGAUCAGCUAUUCCCAUAGGCUCUUGUCAUGAUCAACAAAUUCUGUUGCUGUCUCACAUGCUGCCAGCCUUCCUUACUGUCAUGUAAUUUAAGAUUUUUGUAUUGUUCUGUAUUGCACUUUCUUAUUCACAUGACUGUACACCGUAUCAUUCAGUAACUGUAUUUCCUUUUAUUCAUGUACUCCUGAAGACAUGAUAUUAUCUCUGUUCUUAAAGUUUUUGAUCUGGAGUUAGUGUCACUGAUGUUGGGAAACAAUAGCUGUAUUGUGUAUACUCGUGCAAGAUCGUUGGUGUACCUGUCAUAUACAUAUACGUCCUGCCUGCCGACACUAAGGAGACAUAUCUGUAUAUAUUAAUCAAUAAUAUUUUUACUGCAUUUUUGUACAAAUAUUCAUGGUAGCCAUGUACAAGUAGUUGAGAUGAUUCUUUGUUAGUAUUAAAAAAAAGUUUGGUUUUAAACCUCUGGUGUGG